CUCGGUGUGUGCCCAGCUCUCCCGGACUCCCUCCACCCGGGCUCGGUUUGUGCCCAGCUCCCUCCCCCUGUGCUCGGUGUGUGCCGGCUCCCCCUCCUUCCUCCUCCCUCUCUCUCCCGGUGUGUCUGUGUAGGCCGUAUCGUUGUGUGAGCACGGAGGAUGUCGGGUCAGUCCAUCACAGACCGGAUCACGGCGGCCCAGCACAGUGUGACCGGCUCGGCCCUGGCCAAAGCCGUGUGCAAGGCGACCACUCACGAAGUGAUGGGCCCCAAGAAGAAACACUUGGACUAUCUUAUACAAUGUACAAAUGAAAUGAACAUAAACAUACCGCAGCUGGCUGAUACCCUCUUUGAAAGGACGGCUAAUGGAAGUUGGGUUGUAGUCUUCAAAGCCCUUAUCACAACGCAUCACCUCAUGAUGUACGGCAAUGAGCGAUUUAUUCAGUAUCUUGCAUCAAGGAACACAUUAUUUAACCUUAACAACUUCCUAGAUAAAGGUGCUAUGCAAGGCUAUGACAUGUCAACCUUCAUCCGACGUUACAGCCGAUAUUUAAAUGAGAAAGCACUUUCCUACAGACUAGUAGCUGUCGACUUCACCAAAAUGAAAAGAGGAGUAGAUGGCGUGAUGAGAACUAUGGCUACUGAAAAGCUAUUGAAGACUCUACCAAUCAUUCAAAACCAAUUGGAUGCUCUUCUAGAUUUUGAUGCAAACCCAAAUGAGCUCACGAAUGGUGUUAUAAACACAGGCUUCAUGCUUCUUUUCAAAGACUCGAUUCGGUUAUUUGCUGCUUACAAUGAAGGUGUUAUUAACUUGCUAGAAAAAUACUUUGACAUGAAGAAGACCCAGUGUAAAGAUGCUCUGGAUAUGUAUAAGAAAUUCCUUGCCCGCAUGACAAAACUGUCAGAAUUUCUCAAAGUAGCAGAGCAAGUUGGAAUUGAUCAGGGUGACAUUCCAGAUCUUACUCAGGCACCCAGCAGUUUGCUUGACGCCCUUGAACAACACUUGGCAUCUCUUGAAGGAAAGAAAACAAAGGAAGUAUCUGCAGCCAGUCGAGCAAGCACCCUAUCCAGUGCUGUAUCAUCUCUUGCAACAACUGGGCUGUCAUUUAGCAAAAUGGAUGAAAAGGAGAGACAGCUGGCACUUGAAGAGGAGCAGGCAAGACUGCAGGCACUUAAGGAACAACGACUUAGAGAGAUAUCUGUGGUGUCAAACUCUACAUCUGCGUCACCGAGCACUUUAUCUGGGAAAAGUGUGAAUACAACUGCAGCUGUAGACUUAUUUUCAACACCUGCACCGACAACUAAUAGCAUGCCUAACCUUACCAGUGAUCUGUUUGACCUUCAGCCUGCAUUUGUGCCAACAGUACAGAGCACCCCUGCUAUAGCAACAUCUGCAAACAAUACAUGGGGAGGUCCCUUUUCAUCUUCAAAUGGUGUCAGUUCGCCUCCACAUUUGGACAUCUUUGACAUGCAACCUGUUGAAGAUGUUGUAAAGUCUACUCCCCAAUAUAGCACUUCUGCAUUUACUUCAAAUCAAUCUAUGGGACUAAUUAGUGGGUUUUCUGUGCCUCCUGCCACACAGAACAGCAUUGGGACCAUGCAUGUGGAUUUUGAUGCUGUGUUUGGAGCCAAACCAACAGCCAGUGAAAAGCAGGAUGCAAAUGUGGCCUAUUUUACAGAGGAUGUAUUGCAGCCAGUGGUCACCCAGCAAAGCAAAAAUCACGUAGCAGGUGGUCAGCAUAGUGGAAAGUUAAUGGCAAACGACCUGGAUUCCUCACUUGCUAAUCUGGUGGGAAAUCUUGGGUUUGGAGGAACCCCAUCAAAAAAAUCUGACAUGCAGUGGAAUCAGCCUUCAGAGAAAAGACUAACUGGUGGCACACACUGGCAAGCAAAAACAAGCACUUCAACAACAUGGAAUCCUGCACCUAUAGCCCCAAUUCCUCAGAUGAAUGGAGUUCAUUAUCCAGGAUAUGUACCUCCCCCAAUGACUUAUCCUGUGUCUACGCCACAAGUGCCUGUGUAUGGAAUGGUUCCUGCACAGAUGGGAGCUACACCUUUAAUGGUUCCUCCUCAGAUGAUUUAUACACAGCCAGGGUUAAGGCCAACAAAUCCGUUUGCACCUGUAUCUGGAGCCCAGAUGCAGUUCAUGUAAAAUUGCCAAAGCAACAAGGAUGCGUUGACAACCAAAAACUGGUGAACAGAAAAGAGGAUUUCUAGUCUCUGCCAAUAUUUCUUUUUCCAGGGCAUUCAUGUAAUUAAGAACCCAUUAUUUGAACCUCAGAACUUUAGAGAUGUACACCAUCCAUGUACCAUGGAGUCCUAUUUGACCUGUUUUGACCUUGUGAGGCAACCGUGGCAAAUUAAUUUUAUUUUCUUUACUACAUGGUGGCAGGAAGAGUCAGACAUACAACCUUACUUAAUGUGACUGUUGAGGUGCCUUUGAUCAGCAAAUGCUCAUGGUUUUGUAACAUCACCUGCUACCUGGCUGAUUUGUUUCCCCAUUAUUUAUUCUACAAACUCCAUACCCAUUUCUUUUGACAACCUAUGUAAAUGUGUGGCUGUUGUAAUCAAUUAAGACACCACUCAACUGAGAAUGAAAUCUAGCUGUUAACACAUCAGGUCCUGAUAUGACUAUUCAUGGCUAAAUGAAUAAGCACUUUUGGCUGAUGAGCUGUAACCUGGAAAAUGAAGAUUAUUUUUAUGUAAAACCAGCUGCAAGAAAAUGACUUUAUUCUUGUAUACUGUGAUAAUACACUGAAAUGAACUCUGGAUUCACAUGGACCAAUACAAAAUCUAAUGAAAUUGCAGAACGCUUACUCUUAUGUCACUUUAGUAAUUCCCUUCUUUCUUGUGACAGGAUAUGUUCCUUAAUAUAGUAAUCUAAACUUUAGAAUGCUCUCCUCAGAAACAUUUACAGACAAAUCAGGUGCAGGGACAAUAUAUGGGCACUGUGCCAUUUUCAAAAGAGGAGGUUUGCCCUUUGUUGCCACAACCAAGGAUGGAGACUGUCAUUGUACAUUCUAGCCAUUGAGCAAGAGGAUUGCCACGCCUAUCUUUGCUUCUUUAAGUACAACAAAAUAAUUAAUUUUUAAUAUGUAAAUAUAUAUAAAUAUAUAUCUUCAAAUAAUUUGACACAUCCUGAUGUUUAAAAGAAAAUGAAAGAUGUGCAACGUAAAAUUAUCUUAAAAAAAAAAAAACAACAA